UGCUGCGCAUGUCAUCAGACAUAAACAAAAAACGCAUGGCGCUCUCCUAAUACAGGGUCCUCUUUUCCAACCUCUUUUCCUUUGAAAAGUAUUCACUUAAAUAAAAACAUGGACUUUGCGAAAGCGCAGCUAGAAAAAUACGGCUGGAAAGAGGGCGAGGGACUUGGUGCACAGAAGACAGGUAUAUCAAAAGCAAUCAGGCCAGGACUGAAAAGGGACCGAAUGGGACUCGGAGCUGACCCGGCCGAGGAAUUUACCAACAAUUGGUGGAAUAAGGCGUACGACAAAGCAGCACAGAAUGUGGAAAUCAGCGUGAACGACGCCAAAGACUCUGUUAAGGUCAAAACUGUGAAAAAGAAAGCAAAGAAGAAGGCGAAGGAGGAACCAGUAAAGAAAAUCUACAGCAAUUUUGUGAAAUCAUCGGUACUGGAGGACAACGAAGAGGUGGAAUCUAAAGAGAGAAGUAAUCAAUUGGACGUGACUGAAGAAGAAAAGGCCAAGGAAUUUGUACCCCUGUCGGACGAGCAGCUUUUCAAAGCUUGCGGCGGUCGAACAGCUCACAAGGCGGCCAGGCACGGUCACAAACUUUCAGGGAAAUUGGCUCGGUUGCAACAACAAGAUGAAUCUUUUAAAUUGGUGACAAGGACUUCUUUGUGAUGCUCAACAAAUGUUCAAUGCUUUGUGAUUUACAUAAGUUAAAUAAUAAAUAAAUUAUUAUGA